UGCUGAGGCCAGAGCGCAUUGGCAAGAGCUCCACCAGCCCGACGCACCAGCUUGCACCAUGACCACGUGCCCGUACGCCGGCGCCGGCAACGCGAUCCUUGCUGCCGACAGCUACUGCGAUGCCGCCACCUGCGUCCUCGACAGCUCAUGCCGCAUCGUCGAGCGCUACGCCGCGGCCAACACGAGCUUUUCGGGCAUUAGCGCUCUCGGCAACCUCCUGGCCUACAACGCGACCAACCUCACCAUAAGCAACGCGGCUGGCGACAUCAACGUCCAAAGCGCGGUGUUCCCGUUCAUGCUGACGAACCUUCGAUUCUACAACCUGACAUCGAUCGACGUCGUGCGCUUGGCCAAGGCACUGCCGUCGUCGCUGGAGACAUUGUCACUCUACAACAACUCAAUCUCGUCGCUGGAUGGUCUACCAGCAAGUUUGACCUGGCUGGAAAUGGGCGAAAACCGCGUGACAAGUGUGGUCAACUACGACUGGACCAACAUGACCUACGUGAGUUUCGAGGCCAACCCGCUCGAGACGUUUGCAUUCGUCAAGCUCUCGCCCAAGCUCGUCACCUUCGAUAUACAGAACAUUCAAAGCCUCUCCAACAUCUCGCUCAGCAGUGACAGCUGCGACGCCCUCGACCUCUUGUCGCCCUACAACGCGAGCAACAAUGCAGGCUAUUCGGUGUCGGGGGAUAUCAACGCCGACACGACCGCCUGCGCUAACAUUGGCGGCUCGCUGCGUCGGCUCUGGCCUGUACAAUACAAAGUUUACAGCGUCCACGUCUGCGCCCUUCCGCAGGUGGCUCCUGCGACAAGUGCUCCUCCUCUGUCGGCAUCGUCGUCUACGAGCUCGACGAUUCUUACGUGGACACUGGGCAGUCUCGCCCUCGCCCUCAUCGGGGCGUGUCUGGCCUAUCUCAUUUGGCGCCACCAGCGACGCACCAAGGACAAGAAGCCACCGACAACGAAGGACGUGUUCGACGCCAACCCGCCCGUGUGGUCGCCCUCCAAGGCGCUACCAUCGCCCAAGCCAUGGCUUCCGUCGCCCGACGCUGUCGAGACCCACGAGAUGGAGCUCUCGGAGCUCUGCGACCACCGCCUCGAAGCGUCCGAGCUCAACCCGAUCAAGCCAUUGGCCUCCAACACGCACGGCGAGGUGUGGCUGAGCCACUUUGGCGCCGACGUCGUCGUCGUCCAGCGCAUAUACGACAAGUCGUCCGAGAGUCUGGCCAUGUUUGCCGAAGAGAUCUUGCUGCGCGCCAAGAUGGAGAGCCCGUACAUUGUCCAGUUUAUCGGCGUCAGCUGGCACGAGCCCCGCGACAUGGAGUGCGUGCUCGAGUACAUGAACCGGGGCAACCUCCAAGACUACUUGGCCCGGCACUCGCCAACGACGUACACGUGGGCAGCCAAGCUGGAAGCGAUCGUCAGCGUCGUCCGCGGCCUCAUCUACCUCCACACGCUUGACCCACCGAUCAUCCACCGCGAUCUGCGCUCCCGGAACGUCCUCUUGGACGCAGACAAAGGCACCAAGAUCAACGACUUUGGCUCGUCGCGCGAGACGUCCGAGCACUCGAUGACCAACGGCGUCGGGUCGUACCAAUGGGCCGCCCCCGAGCUCAUCCUCGGGUCGCUCUACAACACGUCGGUCGACAUUUACUCGUUCGGGGUACUCUUGACCGAAUUUUCGACCCACCACGCGCCGUAUGCGCGGACGCUGGACCCGUCGACGGGUCGCGUCUUCACGCAAGACAAGGUCAUGCAGCUCGUCACGAAAGGCCAGCUCGUGCCGGACUUUGAUUGGGCGCGGUCGCCGAUCUGGCUCAUUGAGAUUGCGCAACGAUGCUUGGCGACCGAGCCCGAGAAGCGCCCGACCGCUGUCGCCCUCGCCGGCCUUUUGGACAAGCACCAAUUCGAGGGCACCGAGGCGUAGUCCCGUUAUAACUCUCGCAGUCGGAAAAGUAAUAGUCUAUACAAUGUACAGUCGCUGAUGCUGGCUAAGGCUAGUCACGUCGAGAUAUCA